CGAAUAAAUCCGUAAUCAUUAAAAUGUGCGCAUACGGAUAAUGAAAUAAUUCAUUUUAAUUAUAAGAUUUAAUGACAAAUGAAAUAGAAAAUAAUACAUAAUAUAUAUUUAAACUUUCGUACUUGACAUUAAUAUAAUAAAUAUAGCGGAAAGAAAGCCACUUUAUUUUAUUUUUAUGAAUUAUUUUCCGUAUUGCUCAUGAAAGCAUAUCCGAUUCAAUUUUACUGUCACCGAGGUCGUCGAGACUUCAUCGGCAAGCUUUGAUACUUUUAUUUUUACUUUACAUAGUUUGUUAUUUUUUUACAUCGUCAUUUGAACACUGGAUAUACGUUGAGAGUGAUAUCAAUACUGUAUUGAAAAAUGAAAUCUUCGAAACUGUUAGAUUUGAUAAGAAUAACAUCAGUGAUUGCUGCUGUGAUUGUGGUUUCGGUAUUUAUUUGUAUCGCGGCAUCGAGAACAAAUAUUCUAUGGGGUGAUAAAUUGUUGAAGAAGACACCUACCAAACCCCAUGUCAUUGUCAUUAUUACUGACGACAUGGGAUGGAAUGACGUAAGUUUUCAUGGUUCAAACCAAAUUCCCACGCCGAACAUCGACGCCCUGGCAUACAACGGCGCAAUAUUAAAAAAUCACUACGUCCUUCCACUGUGUACGCCAUCAAGAUCAGCAUUCUUUACCGGACGUUAUCCGAUAAGAGAUGGCAUGUACGGGUAUCCUUUGAGAGCUGGAGAGUCCCGAGGUAUUCCACUAAAUACAACUUUGCUUCCCGAACAUCUUCAUCGUCUUGGAUACUCGACACAUAUGGUCGGUAAAUGGCACUUGGGGUACCAGUCAGACGAAUAUACGCCAGCAAGACGUGGGUUUGAUACUUUUUAUGGGUACUACAAUGGCUACAUAACAUACUUUAAUUAUACAAUAUCAGAAAGCGGCCAAACAGGGUACGAUAUGCAUAGAGAUAAUGACAAAGAAAUAAAACCAGACUGGUCACACACAAAUGAGUAUGCAACUGAUGUCUUCACGGACGAAGCUAUCAGGAUCAUUGACAAACAUGACAGUAGUCAGCCCCUGUAUCUUCACAUAUCUCAUCUUGCCCCGCAUGCUUCUGACGCUGAGGAAACACUCGAGACACGUGAUUUCGCAGAAGUUAAUCGCACUUUUGCUUACAUCCGCGACCUUCAGCGGCGUAAAUAUGCGGGCAUGAUGAGCGCAGUUGAUGAAUCAGUUGGACGAGUAGUUUCGGCCUUGAGUCAGAAUAAUAUGUUAGAAAAUUCUAUCGUUUUAUUUAUGGCCGACAAUGGAGCUCAGACCAUAGGAUUUCUCGAGAAUCACGGAUCCAAUUUUCCACUUCGCGGUUUGAAAUUUACCCUCUUUGAAGGCGGAGUCCACGGAGUUGCGUGCGUAUUUUCCCCGUUGAUAAAACAAAAGGCACGAAUCAUCAAUGAUCUUUUCCACAUGACUGACUGGCUGCCUACUCUAUACAGCGCCGCUGGAGGCAAUACCGCUGACUUAGGAGUGAUUGAUGGCGUUAAUCAGUGGCCCACCAUCAGUAGAGGGAAUUUCGGCAAACGUAAUUCCUUGUUGGUUAAUAUUGAGGAAAAUCUUGAGGCAGCUAUUGUUCAACAGUACAAAUUACUCAAAGGAGCCGGUCGGUUGUAUGAUAGCUACUACGGAGAAAAUGCUGGCGAUAAUGAUCCAUCAGCUCCAGCAUACGACGUAGACGCAGUUAUAUCAUCACCAGCGAGUCAAGCUAUCGCAGACACAACCGGUACAAUAACGACACAAAAAAAAAUAUUACAAUUACGUUCGAAAAAUAUGAUUGUAUGUAAAUCAUUUAAUAAAUACGCCAACUGUUCAACUCGUUGUCUAUUCGAUCUCAGCGUUGAUCCAUGCGAAACGACUGACAUUUCCGAGCAACAUCCUGAGAUGGUUCAAACACUCGAGCAUUUUAUCGAUGGCUACCGAGGAGCUAUAGUAGAACAAAGCAAAAAUCCAAUUGAUCCAAAAUCAUUUCCGGUUAAUUUCAAUGGUGUAUGGAUGCCCUGGCUGAAUAAUCAAAAAUUAUGAU